GACGGAGGGAGGGAGCGAGCGAGGCAGACCAGACAGACAGACAGGCGGGCGGGCGGGCAGAGCGAGCCACCCGCCAGGCUGCGCUCAGCCCCGCUCGCAGCGGAGAGAGCAGAAGGCAGGAGGAGGGAGGGGAGGAGGGGGAGGGAGAGAGAGGGAAUCCAGCUACCACCACCCAAAGCCAGCGUCUGCUUUCUGUCCUCAUUUCCUUUUCCCACCCAGCUCUGAGAGCAGAGAAAGGCAGAGAGAGCGAGAGAUAGAGACAGUCAGAGAGACAGACAGACAGCCAGAGCGAGCGGGAGGGAGGAGGGCGGAGGAGGAGCAGGAGCAGGACUACGCGGGGCGCGUUCCCUCCCAGCAGCCGGGUGCCCGCGUCGCUGCCGCCGCCGGAAGACUGACGACCCCCAAAGCCCCUUGCCUGGCUCGGACCCACGGAGCCGGCAGCCCAGCACUCCGAUGGGAGCUUGCCUGCCUGACUACCCAUCGGCCUGGACCCCAAAACCCGCCCAGCUAAGUGUGUGCAGAGGGUCCCGGGUUUGGGGCGACUCUCAGGCUGCCAAGGAGACCACCCUGGAAUCACUGGCGAAGACGGGCCUUUCCUGCUGAGCUGGGCCUGUCUACACAGUCUGCUCGGGCGCUGUCCACGCCCCGAGGCCUGGGCUCAGGCCGAAGUUGCUCCACAGCACCCCCAGCUGACAGCCAACGACUGGCAGAGCCCCCAGGCACGGGGGCCCUCUCUCUCUCAGAGAUCUCCAGUGUGACAACCCAGGCGGCAGAGCCGAGGGUCCUGGUCCCGGCUUCUCGCACCCUCAUGUCAGCCCCGGCCCCGCCCGGCGGCCCGCGGAGGACAAGGUCAGGAUGCGUGUGAAGCCCCAGGGCCUGGUGGUGACUUCCAGUGCCGUGUGCAGCUCUCCUGACUACCUCCGGGAGCCCAAGUAUUACCCCGGCGGCCCCCCCACCCCCCGGCCCUUGCUUCCCACGCGGCCCCCCGCCAGCCCACCUGACAAGGCCUUCGCCCACACCUUCUCUGAGAACCCGCGCCCACCCCCACGCCGGGACCCCAGCACCCGGCGCCCACCAGUCCUUGCCAAGGGGGACGACCCGCUGCCCCCUCGGGCCGCCCGUCCUGUCUCACAGGCCCACUGCCCCACACCCGCCGGAGACGGCAACAGCUCCCGACGUCGCUGGGACAACGGGCGGGUGAACCUGCGUCCAGUGGUGCAGCUGAUUGACAUCAUGAAAGACCUGACUCGGCUCUCCCAGGACCUGCAGCACAGCGGCGUGCACCUGGACUGUGGUGGGCUCCGGCUGAGCCGCCCGCCUGCCCCGCCCCCCGGUGACCUUCAGUAUAGCUUCUUCUCUUCCCCCAGCCUGGCCAACAGCAUCCGCAGCCCUGAGGAGCGGGCCACCCCCCACGCCAAGUCUGAGCGGCCCAGCCACCCCCUCUACGAGCCUGAGCCUGAGCCUAGGGACAGCCCCCAGCCUGGCCAAGGCCAUAGUCCUGGAGCCACGGCCGCAGCCACCGGUCUGCCCCCAGAGCCUGAGCCAGACGGCCCUGAUUACUCAGAACUCGCUGACGCCGAUAUCCUUAGUGAGCUGGCCUCUCUUACUUGCCCCGAGGCCCAGCUGCUGGAGGCCCAGGCCCUUGAGCCACCAUCGCCCGAGCCAGAGCCUCAGCUCCUGGAUCCCCAGCCCCGCUUCCUGGACCCACAGGCACUAGAGCCACUCGGGGAAGCUUUGGAGCUGCCGCCCCUGCAACCUCUUGCUGAUCCUCUGGGGCUGCCAGGCCUGGCUCUGCAGGCCCUGGAUACCCUGCCUGACUCCCUGGAGUCCCAGCUCCUUGACCCUCAGGCACUUGACCCCCUGCCCAAGUUGCUUGAUGUCCCUGGACGCCGUCUGGAGCCCCAGCAGCCCCUAGGGCCCUGCCCACUGGCAGAGCCCUUGCGCCUGGACUUGUGCUCACCCCAUGGCCCCCAUGGGCCUGAGGGUCACCCCAAGUACGCCUUGCGGCGCACUGAUAGGCCAAAGAUCCUGUGUCGCCGGCGGAAAGCCGGACGGGGGCGCAAGGCAGACGCUGGACCUGAGGGCCGCCUGCUGCCCCUGCCUAUGCCCACAGGGCUGGCUGCCACCCUAGCUGAGCCCCCGCCACCACCGCCGCCACCACCUCCUGCUCUGCCAGGUCCAGGCCCAGUCCCAGAGCUGGAGCCAGAAUCUUCCCAGACCCCAGUGGUCCCUACCCGCAAAAGCAAGUGCCGGGGUGUGCGGCGCAUGGUGGUGAAAAUGGCCAAGAUCCCCGUAUCACUGGGACGGCGGAACAAGACUACAUACAAGGUAUCGUCCUUGAGCAGCAGCCUGAGUGUGGAGGGCAAGGAGCUGGGCCUGCGCGUGUCAGCAGAGCCCACCCCGCUGCUGAAGAUGAAGAACAAUGGACGGAACGUGGUGGUGGUCUUCCCACCUGGCGAGAUGCCCAUUAUUCUCAAGCGUAAGCGUGGCCGUCCUCCUAAGAACCUGCUGCUGGGUCCUGGCAAGCCCAAGGAACCAGCUGUGGUGGCAGCCGAGGCAGCCACGGUGGCAGCAGCCACCAUGGCGAUGCCGGAGGUGAAGAAACGACGGCGGCGGAAGCAGAAGCUGGCAUCUCCCCAGCCGUCCUAUGCUGCAGACGCCAACGACAGCAAGGCCGAGUACUCAGACGUCCUUGCCAAGCUGGCCUUUCUGAACCGCCAGAGCCAGUGCGCCGGGCGGUGCUCACCGCCCCGCUGCUGGACACCCAGUGAGCCCGAGUCAGUGCAUCAGGCACCUGACACCCAGAGCAUCUCCCACUUCCUGCAUCGAGUGCAGGGCUUCCGGCGGCGUGGUGGCAAAGCAGGCGGUUUUGGUGGCCGGGGUGGGGGCCAUGCGGCCAAGGCAGCCCGAGUCUCCUUCAGUGACUUCUUUGAGGGCAUCGGCAAGAAAAAGAAGGUGGUGACAGUGGCAUCUGCUGGGGUGGGGGGCCCUGGCCUCACUGAGUUGGGGCACCCCCGCAAACGGGGCCGGGGAGAGGUGGAUGCCGUGACUGGGAAGCCCAAGCGCAAAAGGCGGUCCCGGAAGAACGGGACUCUGUUCCCAGAGCAGGUGCCCGGUGGCCCAGGCUUUGGGGAGGCUGGCGCUGAGUGGGCCGGGGACAAGGGUGGUGGCUGGGCCCCUCACCAUGGGCACCCAGGUGGGCAAGCUGGCCGAAACUGUGGAUUCCAGGGGACCGAGGCCCGAGCCUUUGCCUCCACUGGGCUAGAGAGUGGGGCUUCAGGCCGUGGCAGCUACUACAGCACAGGCACACCUGCAGGCCAGACUGAGCUCAGCCAGGAGCGCCAAAACCUCUUCACCGGAUAUUUUCGCUCCCUACUCGAUUCAGAUGACUCCUCUGACCUCUUGGACUUUGCCCUCUCAGCCUCACGCCCUGAGUCCCGGAAGGCAUCGGGCAACUAUGCAGGGCCCCCAACCAGUGCCCUGCCUGCCCAGCGGGGCCUGACCACCUUCCCCAGCCGAGGAGCCAAGGCCAGCCCAGUGGCAGUGGGUAGCAGUGGGGCUGGGGCAGACCCCUCCUUCCAAUCUGUCCUGCCUGCUCGCCAGAACUUCCCGCCAGGCCGGGCAGCAAGCUACGGGAUAACCCCAGCCACUUCAGACUGCCGGGCAGCCGAGACCUUCCCAAAGCUGGCUCCCCCGUCUUCUGCUGUGGCCCGCUCACCUACCACUCACCCGCCCACCAAUACCUACCCCCCACAGUACGGUGGCUAUGGGGCUGGACAGAGUGUAUUUGCCCCAGCAAAACCCUUUACGGGUCAGGACUGUGCUAAUAGCAAGGACUGCAGCUUUGCCUAUGGCAGCGGCAACAGCCUGCCUGCCUCGCCUAGCAGUGCCCACAGCGCUGGCUACGCCCCACCUCCUUCUGGUGGCCCCUGCCUGCCACCAAGCAAGGCCUCCUUCUUCAACAGUUCUGAGGGAGCUGCCUUCUCUGGUUCAGCCCCCACACCCCUGCGCUGUGACAGCCGGGCCAGCACUGUCUCGCCCGGUGGCUACAUGGUGCCCAAGGGCACCACAGCCUCUGCCACCUCCGCUGCCUCUGCCGCCUCUUCCUCUUCCUCCUCCUUUCAGCCCUCGCCUGAGAACUGUCGGCAGUUUGUGGGGGCUUCUCAGUGGCCUUUCCGGCAGGGCUAUGGAGGCCUAGACUGGGCCUCAGAGGCCUUCAGUCAGCUCUACAAUCCCGGUUUCGACUGCCACGUCAGUGAGCCCAACGUGAUCCUGGACAUCUCCAACUACACGCCACAGAAGGUGAAGCAGCAGACAGCUGUGUCUGAGACCUUCUCAGAGUCAUCUUCUGACAGUACCCAGUUCAAUCAACCAGUCGGCGGUGGUUUUAGGCGUGCCAACAGUGAGGCCUCGAGCAGUGAGGGCCAGUCGAGCCUGUCCAGCCUGGAAAAACUUAUGAUGGACUGGAAUGAGGCAUCAUCUGCCCCCGGCUACAACUGGAACCAGAGUGUCCUCUUUCAGAGCAGCUCCAAGCCGGGUCGUGGACGGCGGAAGAAGGUUGAUUUGUUUGAGGCCUCACAUCUGGGCUUCCCGUCAUCCGCCUCGGCCACUGCCUCAGGCUACCCAUCCAAACGGAGCACUGGGCCCCGGCAGCCACGGGGUGGACGGGGCGGCGGGGCCUGCUCAGCCAAGAAAGAGCGGGGUGGCGCAGCAGCCAAAGCCAAGUUCAUCCCCAAGCCACAGCCGGUCAACCCGCUGUUCCAGGACAGCCCUGACCUCGGCCUAGACUACUACAGUGGAGACAGCAGCAUGUCACCACUACCCUCACAGUCAAGGGCCUUCGGCGUGGGCGAGCGAGACCCCUGUGACUUCAUGGGACCUUAUUCUAUGAACCCAUCCACGCCAUCUGACGGUACCUUCGGCCAAGGUUUCCACUGCGAUUCACCCAGCCUGGGUGCCCCUGAACUGGAUGGCAAGCAUUUCCCUCCACUGGCACACCCGCCCACGGUGUUUGAUGCUGGCCUGCAGAAGGCAUACUCACCCACAUGCUCACCCACACUGGGCUUCAAGGAAGAGCUGCGGCCGCCACCCACAAAACUGGCUGCCUGUGAGCCCCUUAAGCACGGGCUCCAGGGGGCCAGCCUGGGCCAUGCGGCUGCAGCCCAGGCCCACCUGAGCUGCCGGGACCUGCCGCUGGGCCAGCCCCACUAUGACUCCCCCAGCUGCAAGGGCACGGCAUAUUGGUACCCGCCAGGCUCAGCUGCACGCAGCCCACCUUAUGAAGGCAAGGUGGGUACAGGGCUGCUGGCUGACUUCCUGGGCAGGACGGAGGCCGUGUGCCUCAGUGCCCCACACCUGGCUAGCCCGCCAGCCACGCCCAAGGCCGACAAGGAGCCCCUGGAGAUGGCCCGGCCUCCCGGCCCACCCCGUGGCCCCGCUGCAGCUGCUGCUGGCUAUGGCUGCCCGCUCCUUAGUGACUUGACCCUGUCUCCGGUGCCGAGGGACUCGCUGCUGCCCCUGCAAGAUACCGCCUACAGGUAUCCAGGCUUUAUGCCACAGGCGCAUCCCGGCCUGGGUGGGGGCCCCAAGAGCGGCUUUCUGGGGCCCAUGGCGGAACCUCACCCUGAGGACACAUUCACCGUCACCUCCCUGUAGUGCCAACUGAAGUGCCGACUGGACCUCGAGGUUUUAUUCCUGGGAUGUGAGCACUUUUGAUGCUGGGCACUGGAGAAGCAGUCCUUCAGCUCACCCUCACAUCUUGAGCCCUUCCAUGCUCAACUCAGUGCCAGGCACGGGGAGACAAAGCAGCCAGCAACCACCCUGGGAAACUAAAACAAGUACACAAAGAACCUGAAAACACCUGGAGGGAAGUGGCAGGUGCCCGGAGGCAAGGAGAAACAAAGCUGGUGCACCAGGAAGAUGGGUGUUGGGGUCAGAAGUCAUUUCUCUGCUCCUUUGGUGAGCAAAGGGACUCAUUUUGUGCUGGGCCUUUGUGUCACACCACUUGACUGAGCCUUCAGCCUGAGAGGUGGGUCCCCCACCCCCAAUCUGUGAGUUGAGGAAACAGGUGCAGCUGUGAACCUUGCCCAGGGGACUCCACAGUUAGUAAAUGGUGGAGCCAGCAUUUGAACCCAGUACUGCUCCCCACCCCCAACCUGGGUGCUCUGCCACACUGCUCCCUCUCCACCCCACAGCUCUGAUUCCUCACCUGGAAAAUGAGAGAUUGGUUGCAUGUUCCCUACAACUGUUUCUGGGUCUGACAUUUUAAAUGGAUUUUGAGGUUCUGUGGAAGAAGCUGCAUUUGAACUUGACCUUGGAGAAUAGAUAAGAUUUGGACAUGUGGAGAAUGGGGGGAGGGCAUUCCAGGCAGAGGGAACUAUGGACAAGGGCAGGUCACAUCCCAAUGGGGAUUAGAAGAGGAAAGCUCAGAGGAGCCAGAGUGGGAAAUGUGGGACCAGACUGGUCUGGGAGCUGAGCUAAUGGGACAGAGAAGGAAAGGGGUGGGGGGGCACCUGGGCCCAGGCAGACAUUUUCUCUAGUCCCUUAAAUGGAAAGCAAGAGCCAGACAGACUGGCUCCGCAUUGGGCCCUCAUGGCUAGAGAUGGUGCUUCCAGACCCUGGGAACGGGGUGGGAGGGUAGGAAGGGCCCUCCAAGGUGUUCAGGAAUCUCAAGUCCUCCCUCUCCUCCCUGUUCUCUCUCAGGCCUGGACCUGAGGCCAAGAGAAAUGUCACAGGUCCUCCAAGGUUACACCAGCUGGGGCCUGACUAGAGCAGAAAGCAAGUUUCCAAGGCCACCAUCCAGCCAGGGUCAGCAGGCAUGCCCGGACCUGGGCCAGGCCCCAGCUGCUCUGGGCUUUGUCUCUUUGCGUCUUGAAGCCUCAAGAGGUCACUUGAUCUUGCCUCUGGCUCUGAGCAAGAGGCCCUCACGUCAGGGGUCAGCCAGUCCCGCCCUGCUUCUUCUGAGCUCCUCUUCCCCGCUCCCUGAGGCUGUCUUCCACCUCCAGUCCUGUCUCUUGCCUCUUCCCGUAGCCAUUUUCAGACCAGGCCUUCUUGCUCUGAGGCCUCAUUUCCUGGAAAUCUAAUCUCCCCGUGAACAUGCCCUCUCACGCUCCUUCUCUGCCAUCUCCCCAUAUCCCUGUGGACCUGGAAGGAGAACUCCAGGGAGCAAGGCCCUGAAACUGGGCUUGGAGAGGGUGAGCUAAGAGCGUGCCUGGAGGCACAGACAGGCCUCUGUGCAGAGCCUGAUUCCAUCCCAUACCAGCCCUGUGACCUGGUGAGUCACGGCACCUUGCUGCAUCUCUUAGGAGAAUUAAAUGACAUUACCCGUGAAGCACUUAGCCCAGUCCCUGGCAUGUAGUAAGCACGUAAUCAGUGGCUAGUAAAUGGGGGGCAGAUAAAAACCUGUGUGAGUCACACACCCCUAGCUCUUUCCUGCUUGCUCAGGACUCCGUCCGUAGCCAGCCCUCCUUCACGCUCUCCCUGCUUCUCUCCUAGGAAAGAAGUGUAUCGAGUGUAGGUUUGGGGCUUUUGGUAGGAGGUGAAAUGCCACCGAGGUCUUUGCCUUAGCAACUAGGCUGAGUCCUCCCUAAGGGGCCCGAGACCAGGUAAGUCACAGGCCCCACCCCAAGGGACCCAAAGCCUAAGGAGCAUGAGGACCAAGAUCAGCUAGAAUCCCCUGUCCACAUAGUUAGGCACACUAGUCCUCUCUCAUGGUGCCGAUAAUCUGAAAAAGAUUUCCUACGACUUUGGAAUACGUCAUAAUUUUUCCCCUGGCAGAUUUGCCACCUUUGUCAUAAUAACUUUUGCUGCCAUGGGGCCCUCUGUGCUGGAGGGCAGGGGCAAGUGGGUUAAUUCUGUGUUCGCUGCACAUGAACCAGCCACCUUUUCUGGGCCAGGCGUCGCAGCUGGUGCUGAGGGUACCACUGAACAAAACAAGCAGUGUCCUGCCCUCAUGGAGUUUGCAGCCUAUGAACAGGUGUUCACUAAAAGCCUCCGUGUGGGCAUCACUCUCCAGAGGAGGGUCUGAAACACUCCCACCAGAAAUACCAGAGCCCGCCCUUGGAAACCAUGAGCAGGGCAGGCAGCAAGAGCUUCCUGGAGGCAAAACAAAUGGGUCUUGAACAAAUGUGAGGCUUCAGAAGCUGUAGCCCCAGCUCAUCACCUGGAUCAGAACCCAGCACCAUCCAGGCCUCUUCUUCAACAUCUGUCCACCCUCUGCCCAGGUGCAUUCCCCGCCUUGUGUCCACCAGAGUGCUUUUCUUCAGUGCGUGGUAUCCGGAGCCCCCCAAAUAUUUACUGGAUUAAUUAAGACACGUCUGUUCCUUUGACUCCAUUGCUUAACACCUUUUGAUUGCAUCCUCCCCUCUCCAGCCUCCGUCCCUGCGAAAUAAAGGCCCAACUUCCUAGCUUGGUAUUCUGGGUAUUCAAGUCUUCUUUCAGGCCCUGGCCUCCUUCUAACACACCCUCCCUUCCCAGCCCUGGACUGUGGAAUCAGGAGGGAGUUUGUGGGGGGAGGGGACUUUCCUCAGUAUAACCUGUGCCUUUGCUCUAGCUGCUCCCUGGCCUGGGCUGCCCUUUCCUACACACCAUCUAUCUCCCACCUGUCAGUUCCUAUCUUUCAUUCGGGCAUCACCUCCUCC